GUCUCUGUGCUCGGGUCGAUCCCAUCUCUAUGCCCACACGCGGACCGCUCGUCACACCGUCGAGCCCAAUCCCGCACUCAUCCAGAUGCAGUGCGCCAUGUGUCUUCUUGUGCCGCAUGGUCCAGUCGUCGACGUGGGUGGCCUCGGCGAACAGCAAAGUGAGCGCCCGCAGAUGGAGUGUCGACGAGUCAUGGAUAGGACAGGAACUGGGCGUCAGUUGGGCUGCUUCGAAAGAUAUGGUCCGUGUUCUGAUCAAGGUGAGUGCUCCGCAUGCUCUCCAAACCACCGUUUAUGCCUUCUACCUGGCCGAUAACUCCUCUGCCAUGGAGGACGAUGAGCGUGUGAGAAGCAAAGGCGGCAAAGACAGCGCAAAGACUCGCAUCGACCAACCUCACAAGUUCCCCCCGCUCCACCGGUUUCUCGUCAUCUCGAGCGGUACGAUAAGAAGUGCCGUAGCUAUACAAUGACUGUGCUUUCUGUACCCUACAACCAGUCGCUCCUCAUUGACCGAGAGGACAUUCCACAUCGAGUGGGAUAGUAAACUCAUAAACUAACUAGCUUGGCGGCUACAGGACUAUGGACGACGAGCCCGACGACAAUGGACGCAGUUUCCGCGCACAGGUAAUUCUACAGAUGCCCUUUGCAGUGACUCAAACUCAGCAGCGCCGCGAGGAGGAGGAGCUGCGCACAAUGGGAGCAGACAUUAUUGAGAGAUCUGACAAUGAGAGAGCGGACCAGAUCAUGCCGAAUGACCACAGCGGACA